AUGUCGACUUCAAGGAGGAGCAAGGGUCGCCAGAAGGUUGAGAUGAAGAAGAUGACCAACGAGAGUAACUUGCAGGUCACUUUCUCGAAGCGUCGCACUGGGCUUUUCAAGAAAGCUAGUGAGCUUUGUACUCUUUGUGGCGCCGAGGUUGCUCUCAUCGUCUUCUCCCCUGGCGAGAAGGUGUUCUCUUUCGGCCACCCCAGCGUUGACACCGUGGUGGAUCGCUACCUCACGCGAGCCCCACCGCCACAGACCUCCGGCACCAUGCAGCUCAUCGAGGCUCACCGCAACGCCAACGUGCGCGAGCUCAUCGGCCAGUUUACUCAAAUCUCUACCCAGCUUGAUGACGAGAAGAAGCGCAGUGAUGAAUUGAAUCAUAUGCGAAAGGCCACUCAGGGUCAGUGCUGGUGGGCAGCCCCAAUAGAAGAAAUGACAAAGUCACAGCUUGAGGAGUUCAAGAUGGCAUUGGAGGAGCUAAAGAGGGGUGUGACGAGGCAGGCUGAUCGGAUGGUACUGAUUCAAAGUGCAAGUAACACAUCAAAUCAGUUUUUGGUCGGCGGUUCUUCUUCCAAUGUGGUGGCUUCGCCUCUACUGUCUCACCAGGGGUUUCAGUCGCUGCCACCACCAGUGGGUCAGAAUAAUCCUGCUGGGUUUGAUGGCAGCCAUGGAUUUGCAAGACCAGGGUUUUACUGA